AUGGAUGAAUCUAUGAUCCAAUAUGCAUUCUUGUUCACUUUAUUCUUCGCAUGGUUUCUCACAAAGAAACUCUUCAUGCCCAUUACUAAAAAAACCUUGCCACCAUCACCACCAAAGCUCCCAAUAAUUGGAAAUCUUCAUCAACUGGGGUCAUUGCCUCAUCGCUCUCUCCAUUUGCUGGCUGAAAAACACGGACCACUAAUGCGUCUUCACUUUGGCAGCACCCCUGUGCUCGUAGUCUCAUCAGCACAUGCCGCCAGAGAAUGCAAAGCACACGAUCUUGACUUGGCGUAUAGGCCCAAAAUACAAAUUGUGGAGAAAAUGUACUACAACAUGAAGAGCUUGGUUAGCUCCCCUUAUGGAGAAUACUGGAAGCAGGCAAGAAGUAUUGUUGUCCACCAACUUCUAAGUAGCAAAAAGGUCCAAUCAUUUAAUGAGAUUAUGAAUGAAGAAGCAGCCUUUCUGAUGAACAAGAUCAAAGAGUCCUCUUUAUCUUUGUCUCCUGUAAACUUGAGCCAUAUGUUUUCUUCGCUCAGUAAUAAUGUGACGUGUAGAUCAGCUUUCGGGAGAAAGUACAAUGAAACAGAAGUUGGGAAGAAAUUUAUGAGAGUGAUAAGUGAAGGACAAGAGUUGCUGACCAAUCUUAGUAUUGGGGAAUUCAUUCCAUGGCUUGGCUGGAUUAAUAUACUGAACGGUCUCAAUUAUAGAACAGAGACGUUGCUUAAAGAAGGGGAUAAGUUUCUAGAUGAUUUGAUUCAAGAACGCUUGAGCGAGAAACGGCAUGGAAGCAAGGAAAACUUUCUCGAUAUUUUACUCCAUAUCUACAAAGAUAAUACUGCAGGAGCAUACAUUGACAUGGAUGGUGUCAAGGCAAUAAUUAAGGCGAGAACAUUUCCCACACAUGCAUGCGCACACACUUAA